UUUGGCUGCCACCACCGUUGCUGCUGCUGCUACUGCGGCGCCCGCUGCCGCUGACGAUUUUGGGGGCUGAACUUCCCAGGUCAGAACCAGAGAGAGCGAGUCCUGUUGUUGCUGUUUCUUCUGCUUUCGUAGCAGCCGCCCGGAAUCGACCCAGCCCGAGAGCCAGCAAGCCGCUGUACCAAAUCGGGAAACGCGUAGUCUCGCCUUUAUUUGUUCUUCAUUUGAUAAGCAAGAUUCUCAAGUCGGCAGCUUGGGGAGUCAGAGUCGUCUAGAUAACUCGAGAGGCCAGAGCCUUCUGCAGAAGUGAAUGAUGUAUUUUGCUGAGAUACAGUGGGCCCUUCUGGACCCAUGCCAGAGACCUGUCUACAGGGACAUUGUGCAGGACAAUUUUGGGACUCUUCUGUCACUAGACGGAGGAACCAUGAAUACAAAUUCACAGCCGGGCGGGCCUGAGGGUAUGCAGAAGCAAGUCCAAGGGCGGCCUGAGAGCUCUGCCUAUGGGGGACAACCUUCAGCUGGGCAGCCGAGUGAAGAGGCAGGGAAAGGAUGGGUGAAGCCACCUCUUCUUCCUCCAGUGACAAAACACAAUGCCACCAUCCCACCCCAUGGAAUUCAUAUGGGGCCUGGUCCCAGCCUGUGCAUCCAGUGUGGAGAGAGCCUUGCCCAGACUCAGCAUGGCCUUGUCCAGACUCAGCAUAGCCUUGUCCAGACUCCGCAGAGCCUUGGCCAGACCCAGCAGAGUCUUUCCCACACUCAGCAGAGCCUUGCCCAGCCUAAGAGAUCUCGCCUCUCUGCUGAUAAGCAAUACCCCUGCUCCGAUUGUGGGAAAAGCUUUGGCGUCAGCUCCCACCUUACAAUUCAUCGGAGAACUCACACUGGUGAAAAGCCCUACGAGUGCAAUGACUGUGGAAAAAGUUUUAGCCAGAGCUCCACACUUGUCCUCCACCGCCGCAUCCAUACAGGAGAGAAGCCGUACAAGUGCACCGAUUGUGGAAAGAGCUUUUCUGUUAGUUCCCAUCUGGCCAAACACCAACGAAUCCACACAGGAGAGAAACCGUAUGAGUGCCAGGUGUGUGGGAAAAGGUUCAGCCAGAGCUCCACCCUCAUUCUUCACCAGAGGAUCCAUACAGGGGAGAGGCCUUAUAAAUGUGAUGAAUGUGGCAAGACCUUCAGUGUCAGCUCACACCUCACCAUCCACCAGAGAAUCCACACAGGAGAGAAACCGUAUGAGUGCCAGGUGUGUGGGAAAAGGUUCAGCCAGAGCUCCACCCUCAUUCUUCACCAGAGGAUCCAUACAGGGGAGAGGCCUUAUAAAUGUGAUGAAUGUGGCAAGACCUUCAGUGUCAGCUCACACCUCACCAUCCACCAGAGAAUCCACACAGGAGAGAAACCAUUCCGUUGCAUGGAAUGCGGGAAGAGUUUCCGACAAAGGUCUGGUCUUAGCACUCAUGAGAAAACUCACAUGAUGCUUGUGAGACCUUAUAAGUGCCCACCUUAGAACGUUAGACCCAUAAGCCUAUCUGCAAGUAUCACCAAAAUUCAACACACACACACACACACACACACACACUAACACUAAUAGUUGGAAGGGACCUUGGAGGUCU